GAUCUACUCAAGAUGUACAAAUUAGUUUUGUGAGAGAAAAGACGGUAGACGAUACCCGAUGUGAAGAGACUGACGAGUUUUAUGAAGCUACCCGACAUAAAUCAUCUUCAGUUUAAACACGGCGAAUAACGGUCACGCUGGCCGUGACUCGUGCCUGCAGGUUAUAGUGCAAUAACAUUUAUAAAACAAGAAUAAGAUAACCAAACAACAAGUGUUCAUAGAAGCUGUGUAAGGUGAUUUCACUGAAGUCGAAUAUGGAUAAAUACCAAGACAAAGAAAAUGUAAAAGCGAAAACAAGGAUUCCUUUACCAUUGCCACCCCUGCCAGCUCUGCCAAACCACUUGCUUAAAAAAAUAAGCGAGAGACCCCCAUUGAAUACAUUAGCUGGCCCUAAUGGACUCAGUCAAAAUGUGCCCUCUAGUUUGCUUUGCGUGGCUGGACCAAGCAAUGCAAAAAACAAAAGCAUCGUGGAUAGACUGAAAAGUCCUUUUCAAAUUGACACAAAAUUCGUAACAAUGCAACGGGGAUGUGAAUAUUUGGACUUUAAUUUUGUUGCUUACCAAGAUGAUAAGCGAAGAGUUUCAGAGCAAACUGUCAUUACUGUUAGCAGUGAUGAGGAAAAUGAAUCAAAUGAAAAGGAAAUAUAUUUCACUGAUAAAGACAGCCUUGCUAAUAAGAGGCGGAUGUCAGCAAGCACUCCGGCCCUUAACACAUUAGUUCCAGCCAGGGUGAAGAAUAUCAAGCGAAGCUUAAAGAGACCUCAUAGUAGGGAACUGCAAGGGUUAACGCCGCUGGAAAAUCGGGAAAAGGUGGAUGAUAGAGUGAAACGGAGACUGAAUUUCAAUCAGACAGUUAGAGAGAGGAUGCAGACACCUGAUUUAUCACUGAAAUCAUACAUGGCUAAUAUGGACAGAGAUUACGCAGGUGAAAUUCUAUCAUAUCUUCUACAAGCCGAGAGGAAAACAGCGGCGCUCCCGCGGGUGAAGAGUGAGACGAGAGCUGGCGUUAUCAUCUGGCUGAUGAAAAUAAAUGGCGUAGACGGCAACCCAGCCACCAUUCAAACUGCGGUGUGGUACCUGGACGCCGUGCUGGCCACCGGCAACGUGACGCUAGAGAAUAUGCAGCUAGUGGCCGCAGCAGCGUACUGGAUAGCGACCAAGCACCACGGCCCGCUGACUCCUGCGUCCAAGCUUGUCAAAUACGCCAACCAUGCCUUUACGCACCAGAGGCUGUUGGAAGCGGAGAAAGUAAUAUUGGCUAGAUUGAAAUUUCCUCUCCUACCAGUAGUGCCCCAAGACUACAUCUGGUACUUCGCGUGGUGGUGCAACCAUGAGCGGCCCGGCGAGAUCGAGGUGGCCACCACGUUCCUCUGCCUCUGCGGGCUGAUGGUGAACAAGAGCCUCUGCUCGGAGUACCCGUCCGUCGUGGCCGCAGCUUCCGUGAGGAAUGCACUGUUGUUGCUGAAGAAGAAGGAGCUGAUACCGAGACUACAGAAAUGUCCAGCAUACGUAGCAGCCAAAAAAAAGGCCGCGAACUUAUCGCACAUAUGUGCCAUCCUCCGCCACGCGGUGCGCGUAGUGGGCGCAAAGAACUACAGCUACAAGUUCAUAUUCGAGCAGUACGGAAUGCCGCCCAAGUAUAUCGCGCAGACCAUCGUGAGCUCGGCCAACGAGCUCGCUGUCAUGGACACUUUGAAUACCGCUGUCAUAUUUUGAAGGGUUCACCGGGUGGGCCCUGUAACAAAAGCCAAAAAUUUUGCUGUAGGCUCCUUAAACUGACCAACAUUUGUUCAGCGACUUUCAAAAAUGUUGAAGUCUUAAUUUAUAUUAUUUUCAUACAAAAUAAAUAUUAUCUUCACGUAAUUACGCCAUUAUUGUUGUCAUUGUCGUUGUCUGUCACGCUUUAGACAAAAUUAGUAAUACAUUACCUCUUAGUAAAAACUUUCUUAAGGGUAAUAAAAUCAAAAUACACGUUAUUUUUAAAAGUCGCAGAACAAAUGUUGGUCUGUGGAGUAUACUAGUAGGCUACAGUUAUUUUUCUUGCUUUUGUUACAGGGCGCACUCUUGUGGAAUGAACUGCACUUGUAUUUAUGGUUAAAGAUUUAGGGCCUAUUUAGACGGUACGAGAACUCGCAUACGAGUUUUAUUACAUUGCGGUAUUUGAUGGCAGUGCAAAAUUGUAUGUACCCUCAACAGCCCGCAAUGUAACUAAAAUCGCAUGCGAGUUCGCACGCCGUCUAAAUCAGGCCUUACUUUUAUCCGUAACAUCGCUCACAUACAUAUUAAACAUGAAUGAUUAGACAUGUCUCUAAAUGGUUAUUCAAUUAAUGUUAAUUAGUUUGUUUUUAAUUAGUCAUUCUCGGUAGGUAGUAAUUUAAUUCAAACAUUUUGCUAAAUUAAUUAAUUCGUUGUUUGGUGAAAAAAUAUACUUAUUGUUUUUUCAUUGUUCAAAAUCAUUCUACACAACAUAUUUAAAAAUGAUGUAAUAUUUAAAUAUAAAACUCGUAAUGCAUAGAUCCGCAUAGUUACUAGUAUAGUUGUAAUUUUAUUAUAGGGUGUUUAAAUGUGACGUAAUUACGUAUUGCACAGUUGGACUUUGAUUGAUUAGCAACUAAUUAAUGACGUAUUAAAUUAGUUUAUUAUAUGUAUGAAAUUAAAUUAUAUAUGUGACUUUAUUUGUUAUUGUAUCUUGAAUAAUUGUUACAUUGCCGUUAAAGAGAUGCUCACAGUUGCUAGUUGUUUUGAAAAGUAGACAUUAAUAAUGAGCUUAAUUGUAAAUAUGUAUUAGCCUAAUCUGACUUUAAUAUUAACCAUACUUAACUUUCACAAAAAAAACUAUGCAUUUUAAUUCUAUGACUAAUCAUGAUAAAAUUUAUAAAACUCUGACAUUCUUAAUACACGACACUAGAUGUAACAUACUUAAUAGUAAUUGAUCAAACCGAUUUCAAUGUUUUUUAACUUUAAUUAAGAGGAUA